UUAACUCAAGAAUUGAAACAGUUGUUAGCGGGCAGACAGUAUAUGGACAGUCAUUUGCGGCAAUACGUGUCUAGUAUUAAGCAUUUGCACGGUUUGACAGUCGAUGAGGUGCUGACCACUAAACAAACAAUUGAGAAUCGGAAUACUUACGCAUUGGGCAAAAUGAACGUGUUGAUUAAUAUUUGCGAACAAUUAACUGGAUCAGGUGCUGAGCAACGGGCAGUGUUCAUGCUGUCCCAGUAUUGUCAAAAACAUGUGCACCAAUAUCCCAUCGAGAUUAAAUAG